AUGCCACACUCAACCAUCCCCUCCGACGAAAUCUACGGCCCAGGCACCUACAUCGACAAGACCUUCCUCCCAGCCCCGCAAGAUGCCCGGCGAAUCUUCGAGUACAUCGCGGACAGAACGCCAGGGUUCACAACGGACGCAUCCCUCCGCGACACCGUAACCUUCAGCGGCUCCCCACACCCCGUGAUCCCCGGCCCAACAAAAGCGCCCCUGAUCGCCGCAGCCCUGCACGCAAUGUGCGGCGUCGUCGCCCACGAGAUCAUCCAGGACCGCGACGGCACACCCGCCUCGUCCCAGACCGUGUCCAUAAACACCGACCACGCGGCCAUCUGGCUCGGCAGCAUCUUCGCGGCGUCCCUGAAACGAAAAGGCGAGGAGGGAAAAGACAUGAGCGCCCUCGUGCGCACCCGCGAAAUCGCAUCGCUCUACCCCACCAACUCAGAGGGUGAGUUCAUGGCCACCCCCAUGCGCCAGCGCACGACGGCGCUGUAUAAAACCGCCACACCAGGCGUCUGGUACCAGCUGCACGGAUCGCUGGACGCCCCGCCCGUUCUGAGGGCUUUGGGCUGCGACCCCGAGUACCCGGCCAAAUCGUCGGAGGAGGCAUACGAGUACAUCGCGCGGCGGGUGGAGCAAUGGAGCGCGGACGAGCUGGAGAUGCUGAAUGUCAAGAACGGCUUCUGCGGGAGUAUCUGUUUUACGCCGCGGGGGUGGAACGAGACGCUUAUGGGGCGGCGGCUUGCGGAGCAUCCGCUGGUCGGGUAUACGCUGCAGAAGCACGCUGUUCCGACGCCGGCGGUACCUUGGGUACAGGGUGCACGUAAGGAUAGACGGCCGCUGGCCGGUAUCAAGGUCGUUGAGCUGGUGCGCAUUAUCGCGGGCCCGGUGAUUGGGAGUACGCUUGCGGCGUUUGGGGCGGAUGUGAUCCGGGUGAAUUGUAGUCGGUUGGUGGAUCUGAACAUCCUCCAACUCACUCUCAACGCCGGCAAACGCACAAUCGACCUCGAUCUGACCGUUGAAUCCGACCGCGCCACGCUCCGCUCCCUGAUUUCCGACGCAGACGUCUUCGUCCAGGGCUUCCGGCCCAACGCCAUCGCGCGCAAGGGCUUCGGCGUCAACGACCUCCUUGAGAUUGCGGGCGCCCGAGGCAAGGGCAUCGUCUACGUCGAGGAGAACUGCUACGGUCCUGACGGUCCGUACCACGAACGGCCGGGGUGGCAGCAGAUCGGUGACGCUGCGUCUGGAUCAUCGUAUGUCAUGGGUCGGAGUCUUGGAUUCACGGAUGGGACGAGCGUUCUGCCUCCUCUGCCUAUUUCAGACAUGAGCACUGGUCUUGUUGGGGCCUUGGGCACGUUAUUGGCACUCCGUGACCGGGCUAGACAUGGUGGGAGUUAUCGCGUUACGAGCUCGCUGGUCAAGGCGGAUGUUAUCGCUCUCGAGCCUGAGAUUGGCCUUUACAGCCCCGAGGUGGUGAAGGAGAGCAACGAGAUCUUCAAGUGGGGACAUAUUGGACCCGAGCAGUUCGUUACGGAGAUUCUGCUGGUUGUCAUGGAUGGGUGGAAGAGGGUGUUCCCGCAGUAUUUCGCGGGUGGGGAGGAGAGUCUGCUGACUUCGUUUGAGAGCGGAGAGGGACCAUGGGUGGAUUUGAGCAUUCUAAAGCCCGUUGUCAAGCUGGGCGAUGAGAAGGUUACGCCCAGGUGGUUGACGCCGUCGGUGCCUAAUUGCUUCCAUGAUAAGGGGAUUCACUGGGCUUGA